AGCGGUUGACACAUUUGUUUAAUGCGCAUGCUCCAAGCUUCGCGCCGCUCUUUUCUGGUCUGAGCGAGCCACCGUACGAGCAGCGGUUGUCAUGGUAGCGAAACGCCUCCACCUAGUAACGGCCUAGUAGCCGCUUCAGUCAUCAUUCGCGGAGCGGGACGCGGGCACCAUGUCUUACCGGGAUCUAAGGAAUUUCACGGAAAUGAUGCGGGCGCUCGGGUACCCCCGCCUCAUCUCCAUGGAGAAUUUUCGCAGCCCCAACUUUCCCCUGGUCUCGGAAGUUCUCAUAUGGUUGGUGAAAAGGUAUGAGCCUAGCAUGACAUUACCUGUGGAUGUGGACACGGAGCAGGACAGAGUCUUUUUCAUUAAGGCAGUCGCCCAGUUCAUGGCCACUAAAGCUCACAUCAAGCUGAACACCAAGAAGUUGUAUCAGGCGGACGGCUAUUCUGUAAAGGAGCUGCUGAAAAUCACCACAGUGCUGUACAAUGCCAUGAAAACCAAAAGCGUUGAUAACGUUCAGGUUGGGGAUGAGGACACGUCCACGUUUAAGUUUGAUUUGGGAACUAAAAUUACUGACUUGAAGAUGGCCAGACAACUCGCGUCUGAAAUCACCUCAAAGGGAGCUUUGUUGUUUGAUAUCUUAGGGAAGGAAGCUGAUCUGAGAGAUCUGAGAUCAGCUGCCAUCGCCCGACCUCUGGAGAUCAAUGAGACCGAGAAGGUGCUGCGCAUGUCCAUCAAAGAAGUCCUAGAUCAGUAUCAGAAGAUGAAAGACUUUCUUACUAAUGGAUCAUCAGAUGAGGCCAACCUGGAGUCCAAAAUUGAAAAACGCAAAAAGGAGCUGGAGAGGAACAGAGGAAGACUUCAGACCCUCCAGAGCGUCAGGCCAGCCUUCAUGGACGAGUAUGAAAAGUUGGAGGAAGAGCUACAAAAGCAGUAUGAAAUCUACAUGGACAAGUACCGAAACCUCUGCUUCCUGGAGCAGCAGCUAGAUGACCAUCACCGGGUGGAGCAGGAGCGCUUUGAGGAGGCAGAAAAUACUCUGAGGCUGAUGCAGAACAAACUACGAGAAGAGGAGAUCCGGCUACAGAAGUCAGCAAACAGCAAUGAAGAUUCAGACAGUGAAAUCCAAGAUGAUGAUGGCUCUGAUGAUAUGGAGGAUGAGAACAGGAGACUUGGUAAAAUGCAGAUGGGGCGCAGCAUGCCUAUUCAAGGGAGGGGAGGACGCAUUGUGGGGACUAUGCAGGGAGGCGACAGCGAUGAGGCGGGAGCCAGUCCUGCCAUUAUAACUAAUACUGAGGGUCUGAGCAGCCACAAGCAGGACGCACUAGAGGACAGCGAGAUAGACGUGGAGGAUGAAGACGAGGACGAUGAUGAUGACGACGACGACGAUGAUGAGGAGGAGGAUGAUGAUGAGGAAAUCAUGAGGAGUCAUCCAAUAAAACGUAACCAGUGCGGGGCAUUGAUGCUGAACGUGAUGGCGUUGAACCCCAUGAUGUUGGGGGUUGUAGUCAAUGGGCCUUUAUGAGAAGACAUACCUGAGGGAGACGAGAGAAGAGUUUCCAGAGACUGCAUUGGCGAGACAGAUGGCGCCAUCCAGACCUAUGGAGUUUUCUUGUAAGCUGGAAAAAGAUAGGAAGGUACUAAUAAAGU